GUAACAUGUACAUACUCGUGUAAAUUUAAUAUAAGCACCAUAAGCGGCAUAAGCUAAACGAAGUUGUGGAAUAUUGCAAUGUCUGAAAUCCAGUUGUUGAAAUAAUAUUUGUCAAUUAUUAAUUUAAUUAUUUUUGUUAAAAAUAUUUAUUGACCAAUUAAAAAAAAAAAAAGAUUAUAAUGUUUAAGAUAAUUAAAUUAAAUUAUGUUCGUAGUUGUGUUCAAAUACCAAGUAAUUCAUAUGCAUCACCUAGUGGAAUUAUUUCAUUGGGAAAGUCUAAAAAAAAACUGGGCAAAGGAGGUCCAGUUUUAGAAAAAUCUGAAAUUCCUGUUGAAACUGAUGCCAAAAAAUUAAUUAAUUUUGUGUGCGGGAGUAAUAUAUUAAAAGAAGGUCAAGAUAUAGAAAUAAAACCUAACUCAGAAUAUCCAGAUUGGCUUUGGAAUUUGAAUAUAGAUGGACCAAAACCAUUACAAGAAUUGGAUCCUAAUACAAAACAAUAUUGGCUCAGAGUACGGAAAUUAGCAAUGAGAAGAAAUAACUUAUUAAAUAAAUUAAAAAGGUUUUAGGCAUAUAUAUAAUAUGAUAGAUUUAUAAAUAGUAAUUACAUUAACCAUUGUUUAUUUUUAAAGUCAAGAUAACUUUUUAUUGUUCAAUAAAAAAAAAAGUCGAAUUUCUUGAUUUGUGAUUACUGUCAAGUAUUAUAACAUAUCUUUUGUCCUUUAAUAAUUUUGGUAUAACAUAUGUCAUCAUCAGUUCAAUAUAGUAUCCAUAGGCGUCUACAGGUCCUCCCUAUCAUGCGCAGACAUAACCUACAAAAUUUAAAACAUUCAAUACAAUUUUAUAUUA